AAAUGACGUCACCCGACUUCCGUCGCUGUCAAGGGCACCGAAAUCUUGCGUUAGCCAAGUCUAGCAGCGUCUGUCUGCACGUGCAUCUAAAGCAGGUCAGUACAGCAACAGUUGUCGGUGUCGGCUCCGGUACAAAUGGACGGGUUCGGGUCAGACUUCUCAGCAGGUGCGUCGGGCGGUAAGGUGGACGCCGGACAGAUCAUGGAGCAGGUCAAGGUCCAGAUCGCGGUGGCUAACGCGCAGGAGCUGCUGCAGAGAAUGACAGACAAAUGCUUCAAGAAGUGCAUAGGUAAACCUGGAAGUACGCUGGACAACUCUGAGCAGAAAUGUAUUGCCAUGUGUAUGGACCGGUAUAUGGAUGCCUGGAACACUGUGUCCCGAACAUACAACUCCAGAUUACAGAGGGAAAGAGCUCGCAUGUGAACAUCCCCUUCUUCAUCCUUCCCUUCCUCAGGCUGCCGCUUGCAGUGAGAAGGACCACAUCUGGAAGCCAGAGGCUGUGUACAGAUGUGUCGCAGCAGCAGCAGCACACUAUCAACUUCUGUCAUUAUACCUCACAGACAGGCAAAGCAGAGCCUGUGGACUCUAGCCAUAACAAUGUCUCUGUGGACAUCUUCAGUUUGCUCUGAGGAACAGUUCAGUAACAAAGUGUGAUUAUUUGUGUUUUUAUGUUAUAAAUAAAUAAUGAAUCUUCUGGUUAACAAGUAAACAUGCAUUGUAAAAUCCUGGAGUUUGGGCCUGCACGUCCAAAGACAUUUGGACAAUUGGAAACUUUAAAUUGCGCGUUGGCAUGAAUGUGUUUGUGCACAUGUGCUAUCUCUCCAGGGUGUACCCUAUAUCUUUUGCAGUGCUUGCUGGGAUAUGUUUCAGCUCCCUGAAAAGGAUAAGCACAGGAUAAAAGUGGCCAUCUUAAAUUAGUCAACUGCAACACUAAAGCGAGCGCUGUGCUCUAAAACUAUGUGUUUGCCUUCCUGCCAUGCAUCUAAGGCUGAGGCUUUUUUGUUGGCCUGUAUAAUUAGGACACUGUUGCCCAUUCUUUUCAUUGUGUUUCUGCUCAGAGACACUAAGUAUUUGUGCUUAGGCAAUAAGCAGCACAGCUGGAGCACUAAAGGGAAAACAUAGGCCUUCCUUAACAUGCUUUUACUGUAAAAGACCUACUUAAAAUCACCUUGAGGACCAACAUAGUGUUUUCACAACUGUGAACCUGACAUUCACAAGCCUCCAAACAGUCCUAUAUCAAAGUACGCCUGGAGAACAAAACUGUUUUGUCUGACCUGUUUAGUUGUCACACUAUCUGCCACACUCCACAGUAGUGGGCUUGUUUCAGCAGGGUCUGCCUUGCUGUAUACGGGGCACUGAACCUUUCUCAGUUUUGUGUGCACGGUUUGUCAAAUGUCUGGGAACUGCAAACCUUUCUUUCCCCCUGCAUAGUUUAUGUAAGGAAGUAAGAGCCAGAAAAGCGUGUGAAAACCAUUUACAGUGUGAUUGUGAGCAGAUAGAAUGAUUUUCAUGAAAAAUCAAUAAAUCUUGUCAAUCAGG